AUGUCAAAUGUUCUCUCCCUUCUAGGCUGGGCCUUCUUGCCCAACCUAGUCACCGGCUGGGUCCAAGCAAUCUACUACGGUCUGGCAAUCCGCGCCGGUGAUCCCAAGCCUCAGCCCGGAACCGCGAAGUAUGCCAUCCACCGCCGCCGAAUCCACAUACUCGUCGUCUCCUUCUACCUCCUCUACACCCUUGUUGAGGCCGACCGCACCCUCCGCCUGCAAGGGACCUUCUACACUGACCUCGACGUCGCUGCAAGUGCCCCCGUCCGCAUAAUCAAGUCUCGCUUCCGCCGGCUCGCGGCCGUCUACCAUCCAGACAAGGCAGGCACAAAUGGCGCUGACACUGGCGCCGCCGCUGCACGCUUCAUGCACCUGAAGACCGCCUCAGAGACCCUCUCCGACCCAGCCCGUCGCUUCGCCUACGAGCGCUUCGGUCCUGAGGUCGGCGCCUGGCAGGGCUGCAAGACCAUUCACGACUUUGUCGCUCGUGGCAUUAUGCAGGGAACGAUCCCGUACUACGGCAUCGCGGCGGCUGCUACUUACGGCUUGAGUCUGCUGGGAUACCUCGACUGGGGACGAUACUGGCGGUGGAUUACCCUUCUCACCUUCUUCGUCGCGGAGCUCAUCGUUGUUACUCGGCCCGAGAUGCCGCCAUUUCUAGCCAUCUUCAACACAGUGCUGAGCACAGCCCUGCGCCGCCCACCCUAUCUUCAGUUUCAGUUGGUUUCGCUCGCUCGUCAGGCCGCUGUCACGAUCUACAUCGCCUUCGGCCAGCUCGGUCCUCUGCUGAACUCUCAGGGCCAGGCGGCGCAAAAAGCGGCCGAGAGCUCGGCGGCCGCAGUCGAUGAAGGCCUACAGCGACUCGAGAUGAUGGCCCGCGGUCUGGACGGCGAGACGAGCAGGUUGUUGGAGAUGGAGAUGACGCCGUUCAUCGGCGAUAAGGAGGCUCUCAGCAACGUGCGUGCCAAGGUCAAAGAUUGGUUGGUUCAGAACACCAUCAGGGCGGACCCGAUGGUCAGAGAUGCGAUUGGCAAGCAAUUCCAGAAACGCAGGGUCGAUGCACCAGCUGGUGCGAAGGUCGCAUCAUCAUGGCACCUCUUACCACCCGACCUAAUCGAACACCAAAUCGGCCAAAUCGACCUCCUCACAGCAAUGUACCCCACAGAGGAUGAGGUCUCAAUCGACAAGGAAUCCGAACAAUCGCUACAACUCCUCAAAACACACAUAGAACAAGGCGAUGAAACCACAAAUCUGUUAUUGAGCCGCGCACCAACAGUGACCAUAUUACUCACACUCACCGUCCCAGAACCGGACCAAGACCCCUCAUCGCCAAAACUUUUACAACUAGACAUCACUGUACCCUUCUCAUACGAAGCCGACGAGCCACCAGAAGAAGCACCCCGCAUAAGAGUCCGAAUACUCCAACCAGCAUGGCUCAACCGCGCAGCAACCGCCCACCUCAACACCCAAAUCCCAGACGGCGACGACGACCUCUUCAGCAUCAUAGACGCAAUAAACGAGUCAGCAGUAGCGUACCUCGAAGAAGCAAAAACAGCAGCAGAAGCCGAGUCCGCAGUCUCCAAUGCUGCUGCCACAGCUGACGCAGGUCCCAUGGUGCGGGUGUGGUUCUACUUCCCCUCCAUCUCAACCCGCUCCAAGCGCGACGACUUCAUCAUCAAUGCGCCCGCGUACCACCUCACGGGCUUCCUCUACGCCGGGAAACCUGGAUUGUUGUGUCUGGAGGGCGGGUCGCAAAGCAUCGACGACUACAUGAAGUUCAUCAAGACGGAGAGCUGGGGCGAUAUCCCUGCACAUCAUAAAAAGGUUAGCGAGAGGCAUCGCGAAAAGGACAUUUCGAAGAGGGUCUUUGCGGAUAUGUCAGAGAUUACGGACUCUGUAGGUGAGAGGAGAGGACAGAGGGCGAACAGGGGCGAUAUGAAGGCUGUGGAGGGGUGGUUGGUGGAACGUGGACUAGGGGAUGCUUUUGCGAAGGUAUUGAUGUAG